GACCAAUCAGAGCGCUCGUUUAUUCUUAGUUUACCAUCAGGCCUCAGCACUGAUAACAAGCAGCGGCGGCGGCACAGAGCAGAAAGCGAGCAGGCGGCCCGGGAUAUCACACCGUACGUCUGAAGUUAUCCGCAUCGUUCAGCAUGCCGGAGCCGAAGAGUGCGCCCGCGCCUAAAAAAGGCUCCAAGAAAGCGGUGGCGAAAAGUCAGGCGAAAGGGGGCAAGAAACGCAGGAAAGUGAGAAAGGAGAGCUACUCCAUCUACGUGUACAAGGUGCUCAAGCAGGUGCACCCCGACACCGGCAUCUCGUCCAAGGCCAUGGGCAUCAUGAACUCUUUCGUGAACGACAUCUUCGAGCGCAUCGCCGGGGAGGCGUCCCGCCUCGCGCACUACAACAAGCGCUCCACUAUCACCUCGCGGGAGAUCCAGACGGCCGUGCGGCUGCUGCUGCCCGGAGAGCUGGCCAAGCACGCUGUGUCGGAAGGCACCAAGGCGGUCACAAAGUACACGAGCUCCAAAUGAAACCCCAGGACAGUCCGGAGUUACCGUAUGUGAUCUCUUGGUUACGGACGGCAUUUGGUCCCUUUGUUUUGAACUGAUCCGCAGUGGUGGCGUCACUUAAAUCUCCUAUUGUCUGUUUUUAAUGGUUAAAAGACUGCCGGAUGGCCGACACGAAGCUUUCCACAAUCUCUGCGCUUUUUCCGUUCGUUGAGUACCGUGAUGCGGUGUGUCGGUGAGCCCCGUGGGGCUGGUAGCGGUUUCUGCGCCGGACUCUUUAGGAACUCGUGCUUUAUUGUUCUUAAUACUAAUAAUGAUGAUGAUGCAAUACUCGGUGUAAUACCAGCAUAUCGUAUUUAUUGUUUUUAUUUUGUAUGUUAAUUAGUCAAUAAAGAAUAUUACUGGC